AUGUUUGUGUGCGCGCAGCUGCUGAUCAACGGCAAGUUUGAGGACGCGUCAGGCGGGAAGACCUUUGAGACGAUGGAUCCGCGCACGGGCGAGCCGCUCAUGACAGUGGCAGAGGCUCAGGCAGAGGAUGUUGACCGCGCCGUCAAGGCCGCCCGCCAGGCGUUCGAUCAUGGCCCGUGGCCGCGAAUGAGCGGUCGCCAGCGCGGCAACAUCAUGCACAAGCUCGCCACCCUGAUGGAGAAAAACACAGAGGAGCUGGCGACGUUGGAGUCUCUGGACAAUGGCAAGGCGUACUCGGCUGCAUUCUCCAUUGACGUUCCCAUGGCGGUUGAGCACCUGCGCUACUAUGCGGGCUGGGCUGACAAGAUCUACGGGCAGACCAUCCCCACAGACGGCAAGAUGCAGGCCUACACGCUCAAGGAACCCCUCGGUGUGGUGGGGCAGAUCAUCCCCUGGAACUUCCCCAUCCUGAUGCAGGCCUGGAAGCUGGGCCCAGCACUGGCAGCAGGCAACACCAUAGUCAUGAAGGUGGCGGAGCAGACGCCGCUGAGCGCUCUGCGGGUGGGUGAGCUGGCGCUGGAGGCCGGCCUGCCACCUGGCGUCCUAAACAUCAUCCCCGGAGACGGCCCCGUUGCCGGCGCGGCCCUGGCUAGUCACAAGGGAAUCGACAAGAUCGCUUUCACAGGCAGCACAGAGGUGGGCAAGAUAAUAAUGAGGCAGGCGGCGGAGAACGUAAUCCCGGUCACUCUGGAGCUGGGCGGCAAGAGCGCAUGCAUCAUCUGCCCCGACGCUGACCUGGACGAGGCCGUGCGCGGCGCCCACGAAGCCCUCUUUUUCAAUCAUGGCCAGUGCUGCACAGCGGGCUCGCGCACGUUUGUGCACGAGAGCAUCUACGACGAGUUUGUGGCGCGCGCUGCCAAGCUGGCCAGCGGCCGCCGCGUCGGCGACCCCUUCGACAGGGCAACGCAGCAGGGGCCGCAGGUGUCGCAGGAGCAGUACGACAAGAUCAUGGGCCUCAUCAGCACCGGCGUCGAACAGGGAGCCAAGCUGGAAACCGGCGGCAAGCGCCACGGUGAGCGCGGCUACUUUGUGCAGCCGACAGUUUUCAGCAACGUGACGGACGACAUGACCAUUGCCACAGAUGAGAUCUUUGGCCCCGUCCAGUCCAUCCUCAAGUGGUCCACUGUGGACGAGGUGAUCCGCCGCGCAAACAACACCGAGUAUGGCCUGGCGGCUGGCGUUUUCACACAGAAUCUGGCGAUGGCCAACACGAUUUCGCGCGCGCUGAAGGCCGGCACGGUGUGGGUGAACACAUGGAACCAGUUUGACGCGGGGGUUCCCUUUGGCGGCUACAAGACGUCCGGCAUCGGCCGCGAGAAGGGCGAGGCCGCGCUGAGCCACUACACGCAGACCAAGGCAGUGUACAUGCCCAUGGCAGAGCCCAUCACAUGGAACAGCUGAGCACAUCGUGGCACAUGCGCAGCACCAUCCACAAACCUUCAGAGACCUCUUUUGCAGGGUACUUUUUUGAGCAACAAAGGAUACCAGAGUCCCCUGAAAUGCCACUGCUCAGGGAACGAGCAUUUUGUUGAGCGUCUUUUUGUGUGAAGAAAAAGACGCUCCUUGAGCAGGCUCCAUGCGUGGGAACCUCAGUGUGAGUCAUUCCUGCAAUUUCCUGUCGUUAGAUACGUGCGAUAUUUUGUGACGAUUGAUACGGGGCAUGGGGUGUCGUCCACUCGGCACCAAGAAAUGUGCAACGUGUGCAUCCUGGUUUAUGGGUUCUAGAAUUUUGUGCGGAAGGAUUGAGCUGCCUGGAGCACUAAAUCCAGAUACAUUUGCUUGGGUCUAAUUUCUUGCUGUGUAAUACAAUGAGAGACAUGCGCUGUGUGUGCAAUGCUCAUCUAAUUGAGUUUCUUGCAGAGAAAGUGCUUGCCAUGGGGCAGGAGAGCCAAUCAUUGGCAAUUCUGAAAGGAUGACUCGUUACUGAGUACCCCAGUACUAUGAGUGCAAGUAUGUCAGAAGGGCGCAGUGGGCAUGCAAUAGGUACUAGACUGAAGCUUUGGCAAGUUGUGUAAGAGCCAGGCUGCUC